AAAUAUUGAAGUGCUAAAGCUGAGGGAAUCCGUAUAUAACAGGAAAGAGGGCCAAUGUAUCUCUCUUGAACAGUUCGAUCUCCGCUCCAACACAUUCUGGCAUACAUACAAUAACACCAUAACCAUAUGAUUUGCCCUUUUUAUUUCUGGUCAAGUUCUUGAAAAGCCUUCCUGCCCACAAUAAUUGCAAACAGGAGUGCUAUAGAAAAGCCAGCGGUUAAAUGAAUUUUUAGCGACAAUAAACUGAGGAAGAAACAUGAAUUCAGAGCAGGACGAUAAAGUUCAGAAUAAACGCCACGAAAAUUUACAUCCAUGGAAUAGCAAUACAAUCAAGAAUAAUGAAGAACGAGAGAAUAAUGGGAUGCGAAUGUGGGGAAUUUUUAUUAUCGGUUUAAUAGGAGCUACCGUCACAACUUAUGCGGUGGGACAGGCACGCAGAACUCUAGAGUGGUUCUAUACACAGGGGAACAGGACAGCACAAUCACAAUAUUCAUGGAAGCAAGGUCGAAGUAAUGGAUCCCAGCAAACCAAACAGCAAUCUUGGAAUGAAUACGUUAAACAGAAAUUUCAAGAAGAGCAUGAAGAAGAGAUGGAAAGGGUGGAGCGAAUAAGGCGAAUGCAAGGUGUGUUCAAUAGAGAGAGAAAUAAGUACAGGAGAAGCUAUGAACAAUGGCAUGAGAAUCCCUCUGAUGCGUACCAGCAACAAAAUUUUCAACGAAAUGACUGGUAUUGGAAUACAGAUAAGUCCUACCAGGACAGAAAAGCAAAUGAAUGGAAAGCAGGGAAGCAAGCUUGUGGAAAUUACGUCUUGGCACGUCACUAUGAAGUAUUGGGCCUUGACACGUCCAGAGCAGAAUCAUAUUCUGAAGCUGAGAUAAAGGCCGCUUUCCGAAUGAAAGCCAAGGAAUUUCAUCCAGAUCAGAACCCAACAAACAAAGAGGCUGCAGAGAAAAAAUUUAAGGAAGUAGUGAGCUCAUAUGAAGCGCUCAAGUUGGAGCAGAAAAAUAAAUAAAUGUGCUGGAGACAUCAUCACAACAAUUUUAAAGCAGGGAGAUUUAUAAUAUCUGUGCCUUAAUUCUGUCCAGUUGAAGAAGCUGAAUAUAUUCCCCAGCAUCCAGAUAACCUUGUACUCUAUUUGAGGCUAGUGAGUAGGCUUCUAAAAUAAUGAUCUGUAUUGCCUUGUUAAUUAACCGCACUGACAUUUGUUUGGAUGUUAUAGUGUUCUUAAAACAAAUCAAGAAUCAUUAUUUGUAUAUUUUCUUGGUCCUUUUUCAAGAGCGGACAUUCAAGGCACAUUGAUACUUAUAACCUCCAUUAUUUGAUUGAUUGCUGCAUUUUCUUGCCUGACAGCAUUCGAGUUUUCAAGUGAGUUGCACAUAUUGUCAUCUUGUCAAAUACAACACCGGUUGAUUUCAGAAAUGCCCUUGUUACCUUUUGGAACCAUUAAAAAAUUAUAAGGGAAUGCUGGAAAGGAUGAAUUCAAGCCAGUUACUGUGUUCCAGAUGCUUACGAUCAUUCAGAGCUUCAAAUUGAAACUUAUUUUUGGUCUCUUGAGUAUUCCAGAUUCAUAUGUAGCUGCACCGAUAAUAAUGAAUUGACAUGAUAUAUAAUUUUUCAGGAAUUUAAUUUUUUUCC